GGCCUCCAGAAAAGAAAAAAAAAACUAGCAGUUACCAAGAAUUGAUGAAAUCACGACGUCUGUCUUUCGAAAACUUGCGAUUAAAUACAUUCGGUGAGAAAAAAAGAAAAGAAAAAGAAGACACAGAAGACAGUCUGGCGGGAAUGGGGCGUUGGUAGCGCCCCCGUCUUGCGCUGAAGAGAAGGGGCGACACAAGAGAAGCAUUUCUCACCAACGGUGGACGUAUUACUUUUCGUUGUCUGUGUGCGCCCCAGCUACCGUUAGAGUUGAUGAUUGUCUUUCCUUAAUUAUUGGAUUGGAAGCUAAUAGAAAUAAUUGAUUUGACCUAUACUCAUAUUAGUGUGGAAUGGAUGAUAUCUGCCAGAUGAAUUGGUUAUUAACAUAAUAUAUGCUGACCUAGCAUCCAAUCAAGUUAUGUCUCUUCUAAGUCACCGUCCUUAUAGCCAUCUAGAUAAUGAUGAUGAUAUAUUCAUCCACAGAAGACACAGAAAAGUUCACAGAAAGAAGUUACACAGGUGUUUAUUAGGUGCAGUUGUUGUCCUCAGUUUAUUACUAGCAGGAGUAGUAGUUGCUGCAAUCCAAGUAGCUCUUUUCAGUUCAAAAUCAAUACCCAGUGGUCCUUCGUCCAAUCAUCGAGAUUCGUCAGCAGCAUUUGAAGAUGCGCUUGUAGUUAGAACAAAUUGUGGCGAUUAUAUAGGAACCAUUGAGGAUGGAGCAUUUGUAUUUAAGGGUGUACCAUACGCAAAAGCACCAAUUGGUCACUUGAGGUGGAAAAAACCGAUCUCAUGGUGGUCAGAUGGUGAAUGGUGUGGUCGAGAAGAACGAAGAAGAGCUCACAAAUACGCCAAACCUUGCUUUCAUGUGGACCCCGUUACUCGCCAAACAAAAGGAACCGAGGACUGCUUAUAUCUAAAUGUAUGGUCACCGCGGCUCGAUACAUCGGCUGGAUUAGAUGUACUUGUAUGGAUUCAUGGUGGAUUUCUUCAAUGGGGGAGCGGGCAUGAACCAGGAAUUUGCCCCUCCGGAAGAGUUGCAAAGCGUCUAAAUUCUGUGUUCGUUUCCUUCAACUAUAGGCUCGGGGCAUUCGGUUUUAUGGCAUUGGAUAUGCUAUCUCAAAUGCCCCAAGAUGCUCGUGGUAAUUACGGGCUUUGGGAUCAAAUCAUUGCCUUAGAAUGGAUACAGCAUAAUAUUAGAGCUUUUGGAGGAGAUCCAGACAAGGUCACAGUAUUUGGUGCCGAUGCUGGAGCUGCGUCAAUAAUGGCCCUCCGGUCUACAGAAGCAGCCAGAGGAUUAUUUCGGACAGCGUGGCUUUUAGGCCCGGCAUUUACAUUUAACAGAACUUUCGAGGAUUUAUCGCAACACAAUCACGCCUUUUUCCUUGCCCGCACUGAUUGCAAAAACGAUACGUGUUUGCGCCAAAUGACGGCAAAAGCUGUUGCUGAGGCCUUUUUGGGAAAAGAUGAGCCAUCCUUCCGAAUAAGAGAUCAGAAUGACUUACCAAUUCAAGGCAUUUACCCUGAACAACUAAUUGUUCUUGAUGGUGAAUUGCUUGUACAGCCUCCAGUAGAUGCACUUAUUGAUGGUGAAGUGGAAGAAAUACCAACUCUGGUAGGUACAACCGCUCAAGCGACAGAUGCUUGGCCAGGACCUGAUGAUCUUUAUAAGUGGGAUUGGAAUCAAUUAACCAAAUAUGUAGUGACAAGUUUAGGAAGUUUUGAUCCAAAAAUUAGCCAUGAUGCUCUACAAAAGUACAACUCGUCUCAACAUAACGACUUCCUGACAGCAGAGGAAGUGUAUAGCAGUAUGGUCACUGAUCUCAGACAAACUUGCCCAAUUGACAGAAUGAUAAAGAAGUUAGUUAAUUCAACAUCAUCUCCUUUUUACAGAUACGUUGUUACAUCUACUCCUUCCAUUUCAAUAAAAACUCUUGGUUACCCAUCAUCAUUCUCAUUUCAUCCUUGGGAUGCCAUUGCUUUCUUUGACCAUAUGGAGCACUACAUAGAAGCUCCUACUCAAAGUGAUUUCGCAUUCAGAGAUGAACUGCACCGCCUGGUCAAGGCUUUCAUUCAUUCGGCAGGGUAUCAUUCACCCAUUCCAGGGUGGGAAACGUACCCAAACAACAUAGCCCUGAUCGAAAGAGACAACGUUACAAUCAUUCCCAGUUACCAUCAAGACAAGUGUGAUUUUUGGAAGGACAAGGGGUUUGAAGACUAUGCAUGGGUCAGUUAAGCAAGGUUAUUUCUUUCAUUGGAACAGACAGUCCCAAACAGUAUCUGAAGCAUUGAUGUGAGAUUCACGGAUAAAAAUGGCAACAUUUUAAGUGGCGUCAGGCUAAUUCUUGCUUACACAGUAUUAUUUAUCCACAAAUGGAUAUUACCAUUAACUGCACAAUGUUGGAUACCAUUGCAGAAUGUGGUCGUUACUGAGUGCCAAAUUAUUUUGAUGCAUUACAGUAGUACAUUGUAAAAUAUUCAUUUGCAUCAUUUUAAGAUCCGUUCUUAUGAAUUACCUCAUAAGUGAGAAAUGAUUUAAAUUGCGUCCUUGAUUAAAAUGAAGACUAUGUUUUAAGAGACUAGAAGCUCUAUUCAGAGAAAAAAAAUAUAUGUAUAUAAUUCUGUGAGUCGAAAAGUGUUAAUAUAUUUAUUUUCCUGAAAGACUACAAUUACUAAGUUUUUGUUGUUACUUAAUAUGUAUGAUACUGUGUGUUUGUAUAACAAAUCUGUUUUAUUCUGGAAAGCAGAACGACUUUUAUAAAUUUGGUUACAGAAUUCUUUCCUUUUAAAUUAUCUAAAUAUACUUUAUUCCUAAAUGAAAAGCGUGGUUAGGAAAAAGGACUUUUUUUUUAAAGAUUAAACUUAACAAUUUAUCUGUAAAUAAUAAAAAACUUCUUACACCAUUUAAUUUUUAAAUAAAUCUUUCAAGGUAAUAUUCUUAUGAUCAAAACUAGUUGUCUGAAUUUUUUUAUUCUUCAAAUGAGUUAGUGUUCUAAUUCAUGUCAGUUUGUCGAGUCAGUCGUAAUCAGUGAAUCAAUUCAAUAUUGUUUCGCGUGUAGAGACUCCAAUGCUUUCUAAUAACAAAAUGUCAUUUAAAUACUCAUUUUGAUAUAGUAACAAACUGUUACUAUAUCGGACUAUAAAAUCAGGUCCGAAAUAAUCAUUAAAGAGUCAGUCAGAAUCUAUUUCAUAAAAAUUAUUAAAUGAAAUUAAAAAGGUUUUGACUACAGAUGAUUAAUCAUUUGUCACUAUUGUGCAAAUACUUGCACAAUGCCAAGCUCUGAAAACAAUCAGAGCUCUGAAAACUUACCGACCUUGACUUUUUCAUCCUAUUGUCCCAUGUUCUUGCUGAAGCACUUUUGAGCUCAUGGAAGAUAGAGGACAGAUCUGGAUCAUAUGGUGGGUGAUUUGGUAUUGUCUUUUGAGUUUCUACAAAAAUCCCUUUGCUGUUAAAUAAUAUCUUUAUUUUAAAAAUCUUAAAACUUUUUACUAUCAAAAUGGCUUAUAAUUAUGUCAGAGAAAAUAUUUUUCAAAUAAUGUGCCAAAAUGAAACAUCUAUCAAUAAAUACAACAAUUACGUACUUUUAUUUUAUGUGAAUUUUGCAUUUAUCUCUACAGAAAAAAAAUAUAUCAGUGGAAUAAUACUGUAAGUAGUUAUUUGUUUUCUUUCUAAUAAAGUAAAACUUCAGCUGCAAGUGGAAAAAAUUCCUUUUUUAAUAAUAAAGUUGAGAGUUGAAGAUAAUUAUUUAAUUUCUUCUUACUGCACCUGUUUUCACUUAAUUUUAUACACUUGAUUUUAAUGAAACUUUAUUUAGUGAACAUAAUUUAUCUUGACAAUCAUUUAAAAAAUAUAUUAUAUAAAAGUAAUACAUUACUGCUCAUUAUCUCAUAAGAAGUAAUAAUUGUAAUUGCAUUGUAGACUAUAAGCAGUUACAGUAAUUAAAGAAAAAAACUUUUCGAAAGCCGUAUGUAUUGAUAUUAAGGAAUUGAAACUAUAUAGUCGCAUAUCUUUAUUUUAUUUUUGAAUUGCAACUAGUAGGAAUUUAUUAGAUCUCUUAAGUUUGACUCCAACCGGAGGACGAGUUGAAUUAAUUAAUUUCAAAAUUCAAAGCAUUUUAUGAUAAAUGGAGCGGACAAAACAGAGCUCAUUUUAUCAUGUUGCUCUUAACAUUAUAUUCAUUGGUGGCAGCUUUGUUAUACAAUUUUAUUUACAUAAAUUUCUGAAUAUUGUUCAGAAAAAAUGUAUUUGUACUUUUGACUUUUAAAUCCCUUAAAAUUCAAUAUUUUUAUGUCUAUAACAUAAUUACGUAAUCAUUAAUAUACUUUAGUGAAAAUAAGGAGAGAGAAAAAAACAAGGAAUUGUUUGUUUUAUGCAAAACUAUAAGAGACCUUUUUAUGCUAACUAAGGAAAGUUCUGCACUUUGAAACUGGGUUAAAGUAAAUUUUUCUUAAAUAUUGUUAUUAAUUAGAACAAAAAAAACUACCAGAGAAAAUAGGAUAAUUUUCACCCCUAAGCUUUAUUACUAAAUUGUAUAAAAAAUAACAUACAAAGUAAUUUACUAUUUGUUCAUAUUCAGUAAAAAUAUUUUUUUAAUAAUUUUAUGACAACUGUAGCUUGGACUUGCUCAAAUAUAUCUGUUAGUGUAAUAUAAAAAAAUUGUCUUUCAAGCUUCAUUUAUAUAUUAAUUUAUUACUAGACAUCAUUUAAUGAUAUUUUUUGCUUUUUUCAAUUUGUGUCGAAAGAUUUCGCAUGCAAAGAAUUUGUGUAUAUAUAUUUUUAUAGAGUUUUUCUUAAUUUUGUAUUCAGUUAACAGCUAAAUAUUUUAUUUAUAAU